AUGAGAGCCUUCUUAAGCCUCCCCAUUUUCUUACUACUUGCAAUCUCAACACUUGUUCUGUCUUCUCCAUCCUCCGCUGCACCUCUUGGUCCGCAUUCUGGCGACUACCUGGUCCAAAUUCGGAACGACUUAAGUGGUGGCGGGGCCACCAUUUUGGAGGUCCACUGCAAAUCCAAAGGCGGAGGAGAUUUGGGUAGCCAUUGGAUCAGCAGUGGCGAGCGUUUCACCGUACGUUUUCACAAUGACAGAUGUGUCUCAACUGAGUACUGGUGCAAGUUAAGCUGGGAUGAGCACUCCAAAUCCAAGAGUCAUGGCGGCAACUAUCGCUUCUUCAAUUGCGACGAGUCGUUUCUUCAGUCAUGUGGUUUCCAGGAGUGCACUUGGAAGGUUCAGGAUGAUGGGAUAUAUUUGCAUGACCUUCAUGGAUUACAAGAUGUGAAAUAUUAUAACUGGCAGACGUAA